AUCUGGGGAUCGAAGAGAAGACAGUGCCGGUCACGUGACACUGAGGGUGUGGUCCGCUGGAGGCGGGCGCCGCGCUGGGCCGGGUGCUGAUCUGGCAAGAUCAAAGCUGCAGGAGAAUGGACAGUGAGGUGCAGAGAGAUGGAAGGAUCUUGGAUUUGAUUGACGAUGCUUGGCGAGAAGACAAGCUGCCUUAUGAGGAUGUUGCAAUACCACUGAAUGAGCUUCCUGAACCUGAACAGGACAAUGGCGGCACCACAGAAUCUGUUAAAGAACAAGAAAUGAAGUGGACUGACUUGGCCUUACAGUACCUCCAUGAGAACGUUCCCCCCAUUGGAAACUGACGCCUGGCUCCUUGUUCAUCCACAGAUUUUUUUUUAAAUACACAGAUACAAAAUGUUUUCUUUCAGCCUCCUAAUUUGAAUCUUUUAAUGUUAGAUCAACGCUCAAAAAUGUACAACUAAUUUUGUGGCCACAAAAUGCAAUGUGAACAUACUCAACCAGAAUGAGAAGCUGAUUGUGAUUUCUUGGGAUUGCAGAAUAUCUGGCCCUUUGAACCUAAAGUUAUUCAUUGACUAGCUAGUAUUUGAGCAUGAUUCAUUAAACAUUUGCCUUUAA